AUGGUGAAAGAGUUCAACCAGGCACUCCUCACUGCUGCCAAGGAAAGCAUUCCAAGAGGAGCAAGAAAGAACUACAAGCCCUAUUGGACAGAGGAGCUGCAGGAGCUAGACAAUGCCGUGCAGAAAGCGAGGGAAAACGUGGAAGCAACACCAAACACAGAAAACAACAUCACCCUGAAAGAAGCAACUGCAAGUGACAUCGAAAUACUACCAGAGAGGAACAGAGAAGUUCUGGGAGCCCAGAAGUCGUUUCGUAACCAACAGAAGAGUGAGGAUGAGAUGAUGACCAAGAACUUCACCAAGAAGGAACUGAAAGAAGCCCUAUCCACACUGAAAUUGAAGAAAUCGCCUGGACCAGACGACAUCACGAACGAGAUGCUUCUACAUCUAGGAACGGUAGCAGAAGAUAGGUUGCUACACAUCUACAAUACCAGCUGGAAAACAGGAAAGGUUCCACAAAUAUGGAGGGAAGCGGUUAUGAUCCCAAUACACAAGCCCGGCAAGGACAAAGCUAAAGCCCAGAGCUACAGACCAAUCAGCCUCACGAGUAUUGUCGACAUGGAGAAAGCAUUCGACAAAGUCUGGAAGGCCGGACUCAAACUCAAACUACACCAGUGUGGGAUCAGAGGGAACAUGUACGCAUGGAUCUCACAGUAUCUACACAACAGAAAGGCUAGAGUCAAUGUGCAGGGACAACACAGCAGGAAGAAGCUGCUGAGACAAGGUGUACCCCAGGGAGGAGUACUGUCCCCCACACUCUUCCUGGUAUUCAUCAAUGACAUACUAGCCGGAAUGCCCAAGAAAGUCAAGGGAGCUAUCUACGCUGAUGACCUAGUUCUGUGGUGCUCUGAAGAGAAACUAGAUGUGGCAAGAUCACGCAUCCAGGCAGCUCUGAACACACUGCAGAAGUGGGCCGAAACCUGGCUUGUUACUGUGAACUCCGCCAAGACAGCCUACACGAUCUUCUCACUCUCAACCAAGCAACAGAAAACCCGCCUCACUCUAAACGGGAAACCUCUUCAACAAGAACAGACCCCCAAAUACCUCGGAAUGACCUUUGACCGUCGAAUGACAUGGAGGAACCACAUAGAGCUAACCACUCUCCGGGCAAAACGGCGACUCUCACUCAUGAAGAAGCUGACAUGCAGCCAGUGGGGAGCAGACACCAGUGUACUGAAGAAACUCUAUGUCGGAGGAAUAAGGCCAGUGAUGGAGUACGGGACAACUGCAAUGGCCAAUGCAGCCAAGUCCAACACUGCAAAACUCAACCGUGUGCAGAACCAAGCCGAGCGUAUCAUCACCGGGGCCAUGAAAUCUACGCCAAUCACUGCAAUGGAGACCAUAACCAAGCUCCAACCACAAGAAGACCGGAGGGAAGUGAAGGUGAUCACACUGGCAGAGAAGUUCAAAAGGAUGAAAACCCACCCAAUGCACCAGAGAGUCCAAAAAGGAGCUCGGAAAAGACUGAAGCGAGGCAGCUUCAUCAGUCAAAGCAAGGCACUGGAAAGGAAUCACCCUGAACUGAAAGUCAGCACUCCAAGGGAUAUACCAUCUAGCAGACCCAAGCCAACACUCGACCCCCGAAUGUCACCGGAGAUCAAGGAGACAGUCCCUGGUAUCCUCAGCAAACACCUCCAAACUGAUGAGGCACGGAAAGCUCUGACAAUGGAGCAUAUCCACAUGCAGUACCCAGACCAGAAGUGGACCCAUGUGUAUACUGAUGGGUCAGCAACUGACGCAACCAGAGAUGGAGGAGGAGGCAUCCUUAUCAAGUAUAAAGACGAGGAAGAGACAAUCGCGAUAUCUACAGGUAGAUACUCCAGCAACUACAGAGCUGAAGCCGUCGCAAUUGAAGAGGCAACCAAGAGGCUGAAACAGAAGAGGAACAAGACCAGACAUCGAAUAGUCAUAUUCACUGAUGCCCUUUCUGUCCUGAAAGCCAUGCAAGAUCCGAAGAAGGAGGAAAUGCAGAACCUCACCACAUCUCUAAAAGCCCUAUGUUCAUGCAGGAAGAAAGUCGUUCUCCAGUGGAUACCAGCCCACUGCAACAUCAAGGGGAACGAGAAGGCCGACCAUCUGGCCAAGGAAGGAAGCCAACUACACCAGAGCGACCUGUCCCUAACAUAUAAGGAGGCAAAAACCAAUAUCAAAGCUGCCUACUGGACCAAGUGGAAGGAAGAGCACGAGGGAUAUGAUGCUAAUGACAAUUACAACAAACUCACCAGAAGAGGCCAGGCCAUCAUAUUCCGACUGCGAACCGGCCACAGCAGGUUACGGCAUCACCUGUUUACAAAGUUACGGAUCGGAGACAACGACUUGUGCCCAUGUGCCACGGAACCGAUGACCGUGGCACACAUCCUGACAAGAUGUGCGAGAUUGGCACCUCUGAGAAAAGGCAUCUGGCCAGAAGAAAAAUCUCCAAUCCGAGCAAGAUGUAUCAAAUUUUGCCGAAAAUCUAUGACAUUAAAAUAG